AUGUCCCACCCAACAAUUGGUGGUGCCACUGCCACCAACAUAGCCAAUGGUGUCACCACCGUGGACUGCCAGAAGCAAGUCCGGUCAUGGAGGCUUCUACGCUCUCUCAUGGAGCUCCUUAUCCCUAGCUGCAACUGCACCUUUAUAGAAGAACAAGACCAAGAUAUCAAACAAGAAAACUUCGUCCAAAACUACAAUAAUAAUCCACACCCAACCUUCACUUCUUCUUCCACAAUCAUCAUUGGCACCAUAUUUGGCUAUCGCCGUGGGAAAGUUAGCCUUUGCAUACAAACCAACUCCAACUCCUCCAACCCAAUUCUCCUCCUAGAAUUGGCUGUUCCCACAACAACUUUAGCUAGAGAAAUGCAAGGAGGUAUUCUUCGAAUUGCGCUGGAGUGUGCCACACCAACAUAUUUUACGGGUUCUUGCUCUCUUUUGUCCAUGCCAGUGUGGACUAUGUACUGUAAUGGGAGGAAAGUUGGGUACGCAAUUAAGAGACAGCCUUGCAAGUCUGAUUUGGAUGCACUUAGGCUAAUGAGUGAGGUUGUUGUGGGUGCUGGCAUGAUUAAUGGGAAGGAGCUUAAUUGCGAAGAUGAGCUACUGUACCUUAGGUCCAACUUUGAGAGAGUUUGUGGGUCAGCUAAUUCUGAGUCCUUUCAUUUGAUUGAUCCAGAUGGAAGCAUUGGACAGGAGCUAAGUAUUUUCCUUUUUCGCUCAAGCUGACCUAUUCUUAAUUAGCUAGCCCAUUAAAUUGAUAACUCCAAGUUUUAUGGAGAUGGUUUAUGAUCGAUCCAGCUUUAUUAUUACCCUCACCUUUUUA